AUGGCUGCACAUGAUCUUGUCUGUUCUGGGGUACGUCGGAGAAUUGGGAAUGGGAAAGCUACAUUAAUAUGGGGUCACCCUUGGUUACCAGAUGAUCCCAGUCCUUUACAAACGCUCAUGCCUAAUGAGUUAAGGGAGGCAUUAGUAGUUGGUUUGACUGAUCAAAGUACAAAUACCUGGGAUCCACAUAUUCUUUCUGAUUUAUUCAUUCCUGAGGAUGUUGCCCGAAUCACCAGGAUACCUGUAAGCCCAGAUUAUGAAGACUCAUGGUAUUGGGUAGGAGACCCAAAAGGGAUGUACACGGUUAAAAAUGCCUACAGACAGAUUAUGGGAGAAUAUAUGAAUAACCCAGAUGAUCAGACAAGACUAGCGAUUGGUGUGUUAUAUUACCUGUGGAGAGCCCGAAACUCGGCUGUAUGGGACAAGGCCAUCCCACGGCCACGAUGGACUGCCAUGAUAGCAGCAAGGGCCGAGAAGGCGUACAGCGACAUACACUGCAAUCAGCAGCAGCCGACUACCGCCACUGCGCCGGAAGACGAGACGCAUCACCGCCCCAGGUGUUACUUCGAUGCGGGAUACUAG